AUGCCCAGCACGGCCACCAAGGUCGGGCAUGUCCUGGCCAAAGGUUUGGGUAUCAAGCUCCAGGAACGCCAGCCUUACAACGACGAGGUCACGCGCGGCGAGAGCGUCUUCUCAGUACAGACUGCUGAUACCUUUGUCGAAGAACCCCCUCACACCUUCGACCUUGUCCAUGAGCUUAUCCCUACAGGCCACGAUGUCGGCCAAUACCUCUACUCACUCUUCCCUUUCAUCCACUGGAUCGGCCGUUAUAACGUCCAAUGGCUCAUUGGCGACCUUGUCGCCGGUAUCACCAUCGGUGCCGUAGUCGUCCCUCAGGGUAUGGCCUACGCUGGUCUGGCUAACCUCGAGCCCCAGUACGGCCUUUACUCGUCUUUUAUGGGUGUGCUGCUGUACUGGUUCUUUGCCACAUCAAAAGAUAUCACAAUCGGGCCCGUUGCUGUUAUGUCCACCGUGACUGGCAGCGUUGUUACUGAUAUCAUGAAAGAGCUCCCCGGCACUCGACCAGAGACCAUUGCCUCGGCACUAGCCAUUCUCGCAGGAUCAAUUGUACUUUUCAUCGGCUUGAUUCGAUGCGGCUGGAUUGUCGACUUGAUCCCCCUUGUCUCCCUUUCGGCUUUCAUGACCGGCUCUGCUCUGAGCAUUGCAGCUGGCCAGGUCCCGGGCAUGAUGGGAAUCACCUUCCCCAAGCCGUAUACGACAAGGGACGCCACCUACUUGGUCAUCAUCAACACGCUCAAGGGCCUGCCGAACACCAAAAUUGACGCCGCUAUGGGCCUUUCCGCCCUUGCGAUGCUGUACCUCAUCCGAGGCGGCUGUUCCUAUUGCGCGAACCGAUUCCACAAGCACAAAAAGCUGUUCUUCUUCCUGUCGACGCUGCGGACGGCCUUUGUCAUCCUGCUCUACACCAUGAUCAGCUGGCUUGUCAAUAUGAAUCGUAGGGACCACCCGCUGUUCAAGAUCUUGCAAAGCGUCCCAAGAGGGUUCCAACACGCCCAGGUCCCCGUCCUCAACAGCUCUCUCGCUUCAAAGCUUGUCGGCCAUCUUCCAGCUGCCGUCAUCGUCCUCCUGAUUGAACACAUUGCCAUCUCCAAGUCUUUCGGACGCAUCAACAACUACACUAUCAACCCGUCACAGGAAAUGGUCGCCAUCGGAGUCACCAACGUCCUCGGCCCCUUCCUAGGCGGCUUUGCUGCGACUGGCUCCUUCAGUCGCACUGCUAUCAAGUCCAAAGCAGGUGUCCGCACACCUUUCGCUGGUGUCAUCACCGCGUUGGUGGUCCUCCUUGCCAUCUACGCUCUGCCACCCGUCUUCUACUACAUCCCCAACGCCUCCCUCUCGGCAGUCAUCAUUCACGCCGUGGGCGACUUGAUCACGCCGCCAAACACUGUCUAUCAGUUCUGGCGUGUCUCGCCCUUUGAGGUGGUCAUCUUCUUCGUCGGUGUCAUCGUCACCGUCUUCACCACGAUCGAGAAUGGAAUCUACUGUACGGUGGCCAUUUCGGCCGCCAUGCUCCUCGCCCGCAUCCUCAAAGCCCGCGGCCGCUUCCUCGGCAAGGUCAAGGUGCACUCCGUUCUGGGCGACCACAUCAUCGGCGACUCGCACCGCCAGAUCUUUGGCCAGUACGGCGACUCGGAGGGCCUCGAGGCUGAGAUUGCCGCGAGGAACGUCUUCCUGCCCAUCGACCACAACGACGGCUCCAACCCCGAAGUCGGCCUCGAGCACCCUUACCCGGGUAUCUUCAUCUACCGCUUCUCCGAGGGCUUCAACUACCCCAACGCCUCGCACUCGCUCGAGUACCUGACCAGCUACAUCUUCAAGCACACGCGGCGCACCAACCUGUCGCACUUCCCGCGGCCCGGCGACCGGCCGUGGAACGACCCGGGCCCGACCAAGCGCGAGCUCAAGCGCCUGCAGCAGGCCGAGGAGGACGCCGCGCGCCGCGGCGUCGCCCGCGACGACGACGCGCCCGAGCUCAAGCUGCCGACGCUCAAGGCCGUCAUCCUCGACUUCUCGUCGGUCAACUACGUCGACGUCACGUCGGUGCAGCAGCUCAUCGACGUGCGCAACCAGCUCGACCGCUACACGGCGCCCGAGGCCGUCGACUGGCACAUCGCCUGCAUCAACAACCGCUGGGCCAAGCGCGCGCUGCUCGCCGGCGGCUUCGGGUACCCGGCCGAGCGCGCCGACGGCGGGCACCACCGCUGGAAGUCCAUCUUCAGCGUCGCCGAGAUCGGCGGCGCCGACUCGGCCGCCGCGGUCGCGGCGGAGAAGGAGGACGAGGAGGCGCUCGACCUCGAGCAGCAGGCCACGCGGCGGACGACGACGGCCUCGGCCGGGACGGAGAUCGGCAGCGAGCACAGUGCGGCGUCGAGCGACGGCGAGGUCGGCAAGCAGGCGAUCGGCGGCGGCACCGGGGCUGGGGUUGCGGUUGCUACGACGGGCAGGAUCAACAACAGGUCUCCCCGGCGCGGCGUCACGGUGCACAGCUUCAACCGCCCGCUGUUCCACGUGGACCUGACGAGCGCGGUGCAGAGCGCCAUCACCAACGUCGAGGCGCGGGAGGAGGUCAAGGGUCCGGCGUCGAUCGGCGGUGUCCUGGCAUGA